AAUUUACUUAACCAUCAAGGGCAACAAGUCAUCAGAUGACAUCAUUCUCAGAGAGACAUCAAGAGAAAGAGAUACUGGAAAGCAUGUGAAACUCUUGCUUCUCAUAUGAUUGAAAGAAUUCAUAGUACUUUUCCAGCAUAUGAAGGGAGCGGUAUUAACUUGAAUCCCCAGUUAGAUGCUGCCAAAUAAGGCCUGAAGAUGUUAAAACAACAAUAAUAGAUGCACUGAGAAAUCCUUCUCUUAUACUUCGGUCAAUUACUGCACAUACUUCACUGGUUAAUACACUUAUUCAUAGAGAAGCUGAAAAGAUUUACGUCAGAGCUGAUGCAGAACUCUUGAGGAUGGCGAAUUAUUCUCUGAAGUUGUCUGGUGAACAAGAGAAAGUUGUUACAGAAAGAUGGUUGCCAGAACUUAGGAAUGCAGUUUUGAAUGCUCAAAGAUGCUUGCAAAUUGUCUGUGUUUAGGGGCUUGGUAAGCAACACCCAACGAUGUAUCCUUGAUUUUGUUACCCAUGGUUGCCCGGAAGUGCGAUCCAAGAUGUCUGGCUUCUUUGUUGCAGGUUGACAAGUGGUCAACCAGUAGCAACAGCCGUGGACUGGGUUGCAGUUGAUGGGCAGACGCUGGGUGCUUGGCCCUUGUUAAACAGCUUCAGAUGGCAUUUUAUGACAAGGCGCUUUAAUGAAUGUUUCUUUUUUGAACUUUGCCCUAUUCUACUGGCUUCGGUUAAUCUGUUGAAAUCACUCUGGGUUUGCGGUUGCCAUGCUUUCCAUUCCUCAGUAGAUUCUGCAAUCUCUGGUCAAGAUUUCAUCAUGUCAUUUCUUCCCCUUUGCUGGUUGAUGGAGCGGUUGGAUUGAUUGUAUCAUUUACUGCUUGUGAUCUUUUGUUUUUUAGUUUUUUCUUAAGCAGCAUACAUCUUGGUGGUAUGUAUAGUUGUUGUCCUGAUAAUGUUUCAUUUUACGCUUGCUCUUUAAUCCAAAUGAAAAAUUUUCCAUUGUGUUUACAGAUCAAAGAGAUGCAGCCACUAUCUUGUUAUUUGCAUGUUCUAAUGCAUUAAUCAAGAAGCACUUCCUUUGGAAAGCUUUAAGCAGGGUUGACAAUCGUUGUAAUGUAACCAUUUCUUAUCAUUGCUUGAUCAUGUGAAAGAAGCAUUACCUUAGUGCGACUGCUGAUUUAUUUUCUGAAGGAGAAGCUGGAAAAUCCUCUUUUGGUUCUCAAAGGAAAAGAAAAAAUAAAAAGCAUAGAGUUCUACUGCUACAAUUCGACGGGAGAGGACUAGAACCAGACAAGGCGAGCGUUCACCAUCUCGGCCGAUGAGCCGUGUGGUGAAGUACCGGAGACCACAGCCACACUUGCCGGACUCUGUGGUGCACGUGCCGUGUACGUGUUCGUGCGUAAAAACGGACGUAUCAUCUUCCAUCGCUUUCUGCUUCCGCUGUACGUACACGUGCUGCUUCUCAGCUUCGGUGAUUCGUUUCUCUCGAGAAUCGAGAUGCCAAGAGACGGAAGCCCCGGAGACCACAAUAAAGAUUCAAGUCGGCCCCACCGGAAUCUCUGGAGCCCUAUAUCGGAGGCCGCGUUCCCCUUUCUCCCUUCCUCCCAAGCCCACCUUCUCCAAUGGAAUCUCUCUGUCCAAAAUGCGAGGUCGGCCUCCGAAACCUCUCCUCGGCUCCUCUCUUCGAGCUUCCAAAGCGACCGCGAGGAGCCCUCAUUCCCUUUCAAUUUCGCUCUGGUCCCAAGCUCCGGAUUCGGUCGCAGAAGAGAGAGUUCCGCGCCUCCGGAUCCGUCGGAUUCGAAACCAAUGGCUCCGAUGGAGGCCUGGUCAGAGUACUGCGGCAGGCGGCCACCGGAUUCGCUGCCGCCGCCGCCGCUGCCAUGAUCUCCAUGUACGGCUGUGAUCCUCCCGCCGUCGCGGAGUCCCUCACCAUUGCCUUCCCGGUUUCCAGAGCUCGCGAGGUGAAUACAGUGCAGAGAACUCUGAUAGAGGCUUGGGGCUUGAUCCGUGAGUCCUUCAUAGAUCCCACUUUCAAUCAUCAAGAUUGGGAUCUAAAACUACAACAAACUAUGGUAGAAAUGUUUCCACUAAAGUCAGCAGAUGCAGCAUAUAACAAAAUCAGUGGAAUGCUUGCAUCCCUUGGGGACCCAUUUACUAGAAUUAUUAGCCCAAAGGAGUAUCAAAGUUUCAGAAUAGGCAGUGAUGGAAAUUUGCAUGGAGUUGGUCUCUUUGUAAAUAAGGAGCCAAGUUCUGGACGCUUGGUUGUUCUGUCUUGUAUCGAGGGAAGCCCAGCUGACCGAGCUGGUAUACAUGAAGGGGAUGAGCUGAUCGAGAUUGAUGGAGAGAGUCUUGCUGGAAUUGAUGGUGAGGCAGCAGCUGAGAGGCUUCGAGGGCGUGCUGGAACAAGUGUGACAGUAAAGCUUUACAGAGGGAUGGAUCGUGGAAGCAGUAAUGGUCUUAGAGAGGUGAAACUUUCUCGUGAGGUUAUUAAGCUUUCACCUAUAUCUAGCACUGUCAUCUCUCAUAAAUCAAGCGAUGGACAUGAGUCAAAGACCGGAUAUGUGAGGCUAUCUGCAUUCUCACAGAAUGCUGCUGCUGAGAUGGAGAAUGCUAUUCAUCAACUGGAGGAUAUGGGUGUUCAGUCUUACAUACUAGAUUUGCGUAAUAAUCCGGGAGGUUUAGUGAAAGCUGGACUUGAUGUUGCCCAAAUAUGGCUAGAUGGUGAUGAAACUCUUGUGAACACUAUUGACCGGGAUGGAAAUAUGUUACCUAUCAAUAUGAUCAAUGGACAUGCUAUAACACAUGAUCCACUUGUUGUUCUUGUUAAUGAAGGUAGUGCAAGUGCAAGUGAAAUCCUGGCUGCGGCAUUACAUGAUAAUGGCCGUGCUAUUCUCAUUGGACACAAAACCUUUGGUAAAGGAAAAAUUCAGAGUGUGACUGAGCUUCACGAUGGUUCAGCACUAUUCAUCACUGUUGCAAAGUACUUGUCACCAGCGCUGCACGAUAUCGAUCAGGUUGGCAUUGCACCUGAUGUACAAUGCACUCCUGAUGUGCUAACUUCACCCAAAACAUCUCUAUUGAGAGAUAAUAGCACGGCCUCUGCUUUGGAGUCGGAUUCUUGCAUCAUGGUAGCAGAGCACGAGUUGGAGAUCCAGCAAUCCAAGGGAACUGCUUCAUGAGUAGUAUCAGAUUUGUAACCAUUCCAGUUUCAAGCAAAUUCAUAUAAUCAGCAACACAUGUAAAUAAUGGUAACCGUCUUUGUUAGCUAGCAUUACCAUUCACAUACCUCAGCUGUUGUAAAACUAAGACAAACACGCCACAAGCGUAUACGGGAGAAUUAAAGGAAAAGGUUAAUGCAUUGUACAUGCAAUCAACUAUGAAUUAUUAUGAUGCGAUUUAACAAGGGAUAAUGUAUACUCUUUAAUGUAA